AUGGGGCCCCCGGGCAAUAGGAGAUCAUGGGGCCCCUGUGUCCUUGCCCAAACUCAAAAAAGCCUAUGAAAAAAAAAAGGUACCAGGGGCAUCUCAUGGGGCCCCCUACUGACCCCGGGCCCUCGGGCAUUGCCCGAGUUUCCAAAUGGUCAGUCUGCCCCUGGUUACAAGUCACAAGUUUGCAAGAUAUUUGAAGUACUUUAUAUGAAGUUUUAAUUUUGGUACUUUUUUUCAUUUUUCCAUUUGGGAUCAUACAUUGGAUAUCAAAAGUCUACACGCCCCUGUUAAAAUUUCAGGUUCCUGUGAUGUUCUCUCCAUCCAUGCUACCACUCCU